AUGUCUGCGACACAGCAUAUCCUCUUCGCCGAAACGAUUGCGGCGAUGAAGAAGGCGCUCAAACGAAAGGCAUACGACUCGGAUUCGGACUCUGAAAUCAACUACAACGGAAAUCGCGGGCACAAGCUCAAGAAGAGGGCAAGAUUUGUCCACGAGGGACAGCUUGCGCCGCCCUCAGGACCUGAGGUUUACAAAGAGGUUGUGAAUCAUGCUGGUCACCACAGAGCAAUCAUUAGUCGGAACCCAGUCCUCGUCGAUGACGAAGGCUUCGAGGUGGAGAGCGGCGACGAAGAAGAAUAUAUCCGGGAUGUCACUGAUGCGGCGGCCGAAUUUAACCCAUACGCCAAUGUGCGGCUUGAAAAUAUUCUCGCGCCUCUUACCUCUAUCACCGACCUUCCCAGACAUCCCACCUUAUCACGAUCCUACACCUCCAAAACUCUCACAGAAUUGGCGAGACAAGGGCUACAUACCAUGCACAAGGAGAAUGCAGCGCUCUGGAGGGUGAAGCAUCUACAGACAAUGCUUGUGGGCGACCAUAUCUGGGUGCCCUGCGAAAUGAUGCUCGGUCCCAACGACAUCGAAUUGUAUCGCGACGAUUAUGUGGACUACCAGAGCCAAUCACAGGGGUCCGUUAAGUCAGAUGCCAACGUAGGGACGGUGAAGAAUGCGCUGGCGAACAAGGGCAACUCCUUGGAGGCCGUAGCCAAGACCGAAGGUCCUAUGAGCAUAGAUGGGAACGCAACAACGAAUGGGGAAAGAGCCGAUAGCGUUGAUACCCCUAUGGUCGACGCUGAACUACCCGUUAGCAUGGUCGUAGCCGUUCCAGAGCCAGCAACCCAGAGCGGAAACGCUUCUAGUAGGGGUCAGAGACGAGACAAUGGCCAAAAUGACAUAUCCGACAAACCGGAGAAAGGUGGGAGAAUGGAGACGGCCGAAAACGCACGGAGCGCAACCGGCAUCGCCGACGACGAGAUAGCGGGGUCGACGACAGUCGUGGGAGGCCCUAGCGGGUUAGCGAUGCAUAACCUAGCACACCCCAGAAGGCAGGAAGAAGCCGAUAACAAAGUGGUGCAGCAUAGUCAAGCUGGCCAAGGGCUUGAACACGGUGGCAGUCAGGCAGUAUCAGUGACGUCGGAAUUCGCGGAUGACUCCCCAAUACACCCGCUCUUCCUUCCCCCGCGGUCGUCUCACCCUGACCGGGACCUAGGGAUCCCAGAGGCAGAAGCCGAGGAUAUGCGACGACUUUUGCAGCUCUACGUACAGAAGCAAGAGGAAGUAUGUCGAGGGGCAAAGCGACUAUACGAAGGGCUUCUCCGUGCUGACAGGAUGCGAAAAGCGGUUUUGCAAUGGUCCAAGUACGAAGCGCAUGUCGGGGCGAACCGCGACCUGUCGGACGGAGAGGACUGGUACGAUAAAGAGGAAUGGGGUUUGGAGGAAGAUCUUAAGAAGGGACAGGAUGAGGAGGAAGAGGACAUGGCGCAGCCGGCGAAGAAAACGAGAACGCGCAGGUGA